GCAGCUGUGCAGCUUGUCCGGUGUACGGUUCAUCAUGGAGUUCGAUCUGCGAGAGUAUUUCCGGGCGGCCUUUGAGGACAAGUUGCUGGUGAAGAUGCCAGAACGGGAGGAUGAUUUCCUGACCCCAGCCACUCGGCUCCUGGAGAAAAGGCGAGAAAUGGUGGAAGUAGAGCAAGCUCUUAAUAGCCAAAAAGAGGAGUUCCAGAUGAAGACAGAGAGUCUACAGCAGCGUAGUACUGAGUUGGAGCACAAAGAAGAGAAGCUCAAAGAUUCGUUGUUCAAAUUUGAUAAGUUCCUAAAGGAGAAUGAUUCAAAGCGAAAGCGUGCAAUGCGCAAGGCAGCUGAGGAACGGCAACUGGCAAUACAAAAAGAGAGAGAAUUCCUGCGAUUGCAGACUGAGAAUGCGCAGCUGAAAUGCAGAAAGGAGGCUUUACUGCACCGUCAGGAAAAGAACAGCAUUUACCAACGCUACUUGCAAAGAGUACUGGAGGGGACUGAUGAGUUCCAAGAAGUGCAGGAAAUGAUAGACCGGUUCAACACGCUGAUGGUGACCCAAGAAAAGCUCUUGCAACGAGAGGUGAAGAACCAGGAGAAGAUUGAGAAGGAGAAAGCUCAGCUGCUACACUACCAGGAGGAGACCCGCAGCCAGAUCCUAGAGCAGAAUAAUCAGCUGGCAGAUUUGCAGGGAAGUCUGGAGAAAGCAAGAGCGGAGGUUCUUCAAUGGGAGUCACGUUGGGCACAAAUACAGAACACUGCUGCAGAGAAUACACUGCGGCUGGGGCGCGUCAGAAUGGCAACACUGAAUCUUUUCCAGAUCAUCACCAAACACAUGCACAUUAAAACUGAUAUUUCACUGGAGGAUACGGAGGAACAGCUUGAAAAAGUUAAGAUUUGCUUUAUGGAUCUUGAAGCCAUUUAUAAAGAUUUAAAAAAGACUGACCAAUUGUCUCCAUCCUCUGCAAUACUUACAACCAACUAAUGGACACUUUGAAAAACAUAUUUUUGGACUUUUGAAUUAGUGCGGAACUCUCCUCCCUUCUAAAGCUGUAGUUUUUAUUGCCUUUGUUUACUUUCUUGGAUACUUAGUUAA